AUGAACGGUGUCAUUGAGGCUCUUCACAUUUAUGACGAGCGCAAUAGCCCUAUUCUCUCCCACACCUACACAUCGCGCCCGCUCCCGGCAGCCCAUCUCCUGCCCCUCUACCUUGAGCACCCACCACCGCGGCCGAACCUCAUCUACCUUCCCAACACCAACCCGCCGACCCUCGUCUUCAGCCUGACCCACUCCAACCUCCUCUUCCUGCUGACCACCUCGUCUGAGAUCGAGCCGCUGCUCGUCCUCGAAUUCCUGCACCGCGUCGUCGAUGUCCUGGAGGAGUUCCUCGGGGCGCCGCUGCUGGCGCACCGGAUCGAGAACAACUACGAUGUGGUCGCCCAGCUGCUGACGGAGAUGUGCGACGCGGGCACGAUUAACACGACCGAGCCCAACGCCCUGAGGGACCUGGUCGAGGUCGAGGGGUUCAUGGGCAAGCUGCUCGGGAACCUCAACCUGCCCACCAGCAAGACCGGGUUCAGCACAACAAACUUCGGCAACUCGAGCGCCCCCUCGCUCGCCGCCUCAAACACCCCGGCUCUGCCCUGGCGACGGGCCAACGUGAGGCACACCUCCAACGAGAUGUACGCCGACAUCGUCGAGACCCUCUCCGUGACCAUCGCCCCGUCGGGCCGGCCUCUCGCCGCCUUCGCCAACGGGACCAUCGCCUUCACGUCCAAGGUGUCCGGAGUGCCGGACAUCGUCCUGACCCUGACGGGGCCCUCGGGCAAGCACAAUCUGCACGGCAUCAUGGAGCUGCCCGUCUUCCACCCUUGCGUCCGCCUGUCCCGGUGGAAGGAGCGCCCCGGCGAGCUGAGCUUCAUCCCGCCCGACGGCCGCUUCGUCCUCGCCGGCUACGAGGUCGACCUCCUGCCUUUCGCCAACGGCAAGACCGGCAGCCUGGGCUCCAACAACCUCAGGCUGCCCGUGAGCCUCGACAUCAAGACCGGCCUCGGCCCCACGGGCUCCGACUUCGAGGUCAGGCUAAGCGUCAACAAGUCCUUCGGCUUCAGCAGCGGCGGUGGCGGGGCCUCGGCGGCGCUAUCAUCGGCCCGGGGCGGGGGCGGGGGCGGCUUCACUGGUAGCGCGGGUGCCGCCGCCUCCGCCGCCGGGAGGGGUUUCGGGGGCCCGCACUCGGGCACGCUGGCUGCGCCGUCGCUCGAGGGCCUCGAGGUGACGGUGCCGCUGCCCGACGGGGUGAGGAACCUCUCCGAGGUGCGGCCCAGCAGGGGGGACGCGAGCUACAACCCGGGCGACCGGUUCCUGCGGUGGCGCAUCGCGCCCAAGGAGCUCGCGACGCCCUCCCCGUACUUUGGCCUGCGGUGCACCGUCGUCGGGCCGCCCGCCGCCGAGGGCGACGACGACGACGACGUCGACGAGCGGGGGGACCCGGACCGCGCCGGCUUCGACAACGAAUACGCCUACGACGACGAGCCCUACCAGACACCCCCCGCGGCGGCGUCGAAACCGGCGCCGAAGAAGACCUCGCGGGCCGGCGGCGAGGGCGGCGCGUCGUCCCCCGCGACCGAGGGCGAGAGGGACGCGCGCAGGGCGGCGCAGAACAAGAUGCUGAUGCCCAGCUCCGCGUCGGUCGGCUUCUCGGUCCGCGGCUGGCUGCCGAGCGGCAUCAGGGUCGAGAGCAUCCUCGUCGACCCCCGGAGGAGCCGCGGGCUCGGCGAGGCCGUGAAGCCGUACAAGGGCGUCAAGUACCUCACCAUCAGCAAGGGGGGCGUGGAGAUACGGUGCUGA